AUGCCUCCUAAAUUCACUGCCUGGAUUGAAACUUGCUUCACUGAAGCUAGAUAUUCAAUCUCUCUUAAUGACUCUCUAGUUGGCUACUUCAAAGGUAAAAGAGGUUUAAGGCAAGGUGAUCCUUUAUCACUCAUCUUGUUUGUUCUAGCAAUGAAUAUACUUUCUAAACUCCUCAAUACUGCUGCUGCCAUAGGUCUUUUCGGGUACCAUCCAAAAUGUAAACAAAUUGGUCUUACUCAUUUAACCUUUGCAGAUGAUCUUCUUAUCUUCUGUAAAGGAAAUCUGGAAUCAGUUAUUGGAGUUACCACUAUACUGAAGAAAUUUUAUGAAAUUUCUGGGCUUCAAUUAAAUGUAGCCAAAUAUGAUUUGUUUGCUGUUGGAAUCUCUUCUGGAAAUCUUGAAUCUAUCUUAAUUUCUAUUGGUUUCAAGCAUGGUCUCCUUCCAGUCAGAUAUAUUGGUGUUCCCCUUGUUACCAGGAAACUUAAUGCUACUGACUGCUCUUCCUUUAUUGAAAAAAUCAGAUCCAAAAUUCACCUUUGGUCUGGGAAACAUCUCAGCUAUGCAGGAAGAUUGGAGCUUGUUAAAACUAAAAGUACUGAUGCAACAGCUUCAGGAGCCAGAGUAAGCUGGAAUAACUUAUACUGUCCUAAAUCUGAAGGUGAGCAGGGAUUAAAAGAUCUUAAAACUUGGAAUAAGGUCUACAUGAUACAACUUAUUCGUUCUCUCCUCGCUGGUGAAGGAUCGCUUUGGAUUGCCUGGAUUUACACUUACGUGAUUAAAUCCAAAGAAUUCUUACAGAUGUUGAAUAAACCCUCUUAUAGCUACUACUUUAACAGGCUUUUGAAACUAAGAUCUGAGGCCAUUCCAAUUCUUAAUUUAGGAUUUUCUUCUUCUAAAAGCAUUUGGGAAGAGUUACGUAUCAAGCAUGGAAAAAUAUUCUGGCACAAGAUUGUAUGGUAUCCCCUUCAUAUUCCCAAAUUUAGCAUUAUUACUUGGCUUGCAGUCUUGGAUCGUCUUCCUACUAGAGAAAGACUUACUCGUACGGGAAUUACAAACGUUGGCUCUUGCAUCUUAAGCAAUGAUGGCAUUGAAACGAGGAAUCAUUUGUUUACUGAAUGUCCUAUGGUUGCUACUCUUUGGAAUAGAAUUCUAAAUCUUUUUCUUUUGGAUAAGCCUCAUAUGUCUUGGGAUUCUUUUCUUGCUUGGGCAUCUUCGACUUGGAAAGGAAAAUCUCUCCUUACAACCAUAUUGAAGAUUGCCUGGUGCUCAUUCAUUUACUACGUUUGGGAAGAAAGAAAUAGACGUUUAUUCCAAGGACGUGUUAGAACCAUUGAUGAUUUUCUCUUUUCAAUCAAAGAAAUUGUUAGUGCUCAACUUAGGAAUAGAGAUACUAAUAGUCUUGAUUUUGUUAAUAUGCAACUUAUGACUAAUUGGGGCAUAGGAUAA